CGCUGGCUCAUUCGCCACACACGCUCCGUGGUGAUUAGUCGCCUACAAGAUCCUCCAACCAUGAAGCUGCUGUUUGCCUUCGCCGGGCUGCUAGCCUUGGCCGCCGCCAACCAACCGGUCACCAGCAAAGUCGUCUGCUACUACGAUAGCAAGAGCUAUGUUAGAGAAGCUCAACAAGCUCGCAUGCUGCCAUUGGACCUGGAUCCAGCUCUCUCCUUCUGCACUCACCUGGUCUACGGGUAUGCCGGAGUCCAACCUGACACAUACAAGAUGGUACCCCUCAACGAAAACCUGGACGUAGACCGAACUCACGCCAACUACCGGGCGAUUACAAACUUCAAGACCAAGUACCCCGGUCUGAAAGUACUGCUCUCAGUAGGCGGUGACGUUGACCUUGAAGACGCCCAAAAAUACAACCUUUUGCUGGAGUCACCGCAGGCACGUACAGCGUUCGUCAACUCUGGUGUUCUCCUGGCUGACCAGCACGGAUUUGACGGCAUUGACUUGGCAUGGCAAUUCCCUAAGUUCAAGCCAAAGAAAAUUCGUUCCACAUGGGGCUCCAUUUGGCAUGGUAUCAAGAAGACCUUUGGCACUACUCCUGUAGACGAGAAAGAGGCUGAGCAUCGUGAGGGUUUCACCGCGCUGGUCCGCGAAAUGAAACAAGCCCUCAGUGUUAAGCCCAAUAUGCAGUUAGCUAUCACAGUGCUACCCAACGUUAAUGCUUCCGUAUAUUUCGAUGUUCCCGCCAUCGUUAACCUGGUGGACAUAGUAAAUAUCGGUGCCUUCGACUAUUACACGCCUGAGAGGAACCCGAAAGAAGCCGAUUACACGGCUCCCCUUUACACCCCCCAAAACCGCAACCCUGAACUUAACGCGGACGCUGCUGUUGCUUACUGGCUUCAACACGGUACGCCUAGCAGCAAAAUAGUUUUGGGUGUCGCCACCUACGGACGCACUUGGAAGCUCGACGGUGAUAGCGAAAUUUCUGGAGUUCCUCCGAUCCACACUGAUGGCCCUGGCGAAGCAGGUCCUUACACUAAGAUUGAAGGUAUAUUGAGCUACCCAGAGAUCUGUGCCAAGCUUAUCAAUCCUAACCACCAGAAGGGCAUGAAGCCUUACUUGAGGAAAGUGACUGAUACGAGCAAGCGAUUUGGUACUUACGCUUAUCGCCUCCCUGACGACGGCGAAGGUGGUCUCUGGGUUAGCUACGAAGAUCCUGACACAGCUGGACAAAAGGCAUCUUUCGUAAAGUCCAAGAAUCUUGGAGGCAUUUCUAUCGUGGACCUGUCGCUGGACGACUUCCGUGGUCUUUGCACUGGUGACAAGUACCCGAUUCUUCGGGCUGCCAAAUACCGUCUUUAACCUUUUUAAUGACUUUUUAAAUCAAGCUUAAGUAUAUAAGUAUAAAAUAAAAAAUUCAAUCAGAUAAUAAAAUCAAUUUUUAAUUCAUUUAAUUAAUAGUGCUGUGCAUUUAAACUUAUUAUUCGUGAUUUGUGUGAAAUGUGUAAUUAUUUUAGCUAGUGCAAUAGUUCUUAUACGAAAUAAUCUGAUUGGUCUAACAUUGAUAUUGCCCUGCAAAAUCUGGCAAACGUGUUUAGAGUACUGCCUAUAAGACCACCUAUAAUCCGGACU